AUGGAUGCCGUCGACGUCUCCGAGCACUACGAGGUCACAACCACCGACGACACCCCCUCGCUCCUCUCCAUCGUCCUCGACACCAACCCGCGCGCCUGGGCCGCCCUCGAGGACCGCCUCCCCCUCGCCCGCGCCAUCGCCAACGUCCUCGUCUUUGUCAACGCACACCUCGCCUUCAGCAACGUCAACCAGAUCGCCGUCAUCGCCGCCCACGUCAACCGCGCCGUGUGGCUCUACCCUGCGCCUCCGCCGCGCGCUGCCCCCGUGAAGGAUGCAUCCGGCGAUGUUUCCAUGGACGACGCGCCACUGGCUGCCGUGCCCCCAUCGUCCGCCAACAAGUACCCUCAGUUCGCGCAGAUCGAGUCGACGGUCAUGUCCUCGGUGCAGAAGCUCAUGAGCGAGACCACCGAGGCGGACCUCGCCGAGACAACCACGCAGCUCUCCGGCGCCCUCACGCUCGCACUCUGUCAUAUCAACAAGGCGGCCCAAGCACUCAGCACAGCAACUGGUGGUAUUGGCGGCGAUGCCCAGGCCGCCACGAACGCCGCUCCGCCCAUGAAGGGCCGCAUAGUCGUCAUAUCCGUCUCCGAUUCCGAACCCGCCCAGUACAUCCCCACGAUGAAUGCCGUCUUCGCGGCCGCACACGCCCAGGUCGCCAUCGACACACUCGCCCUUGCCGGCGACCCGACGUUUCUCCAGCAGGCCUGCUUUAAUACAGACGGCACGUUUCUCGCUGCGUCAAACCCGCAAGGUCUCCUCACCUAUCUCAUGUUCGGCCUCGUUGCCGAUACCGAGGCUCGCAAGUCUCUCAUCACGCCUACACAUGAUAAGAUCGACUUCCGUGCUGCGUGCUUCUGCCACGGCAAAGUGGUCGACAUUGGCUUCGUCUGUUCCAUCUGCCUCAGCAUAUUCUGCGAGCUGCCCGAGAAUGCCGAAUGCCUGACGUGCGGGACCAAGCUCGCCCUCGGUAAGUAUGGAUCGAAGCCGGCGGUGGUGCCGCGAAAGAAGAAGAAGAAGAAGCGAAUCGUCAACGGCGGUGGCCGCGAGGAGACGGGCAGCGCUACAGGUACGCCACGGCCCUAG